UUCACUGUCGUAUUUAUAUUUUUAUAUUUUUGGUAUUCGUUUGCUCAAACGACGCAUAUAGGAUUAAUAUAGGGCAGCUCUUACAAUGGCUGAGGGGGACUUUAAUCCUUAUGAGCAUCGAAAUGUGGAAAAACCACUCACCAAUUGUGAUACAUUCAUAUCUCUGCUGAAAUGCGUUAUUGGUACCGGCGUCCUGGCCAUGCCCCUCGCCAUCGCGUACACUGGCAUGAUAGGUGGUGCGGUGCUAACCACAAUAACCACCAUAGUUCUAACCUAUGGCAUGCAUCUGUUGAUCCAUUGCAUGGUGGAGGCGGCGCGCCAAAAACAGGUAGGCUACGCGACAUUUCCAGAGGCUAUGGCGCACGCUUUUAGCCAGGGACCGGGAUGUUUUCGUUAUAUGGCCCGUUGUUCGGGUUGGUUCGUGGAUGGGGUUCUGGGCUUUUCGCAGUACUGCAUCGGAGUGGUUUACAUUGUGUUUGUGGCAUAUAAUUGGAAGCAACUAUUGGACCACUUAUGGACCCCGAUCGACUUACACAUCUUGAUUGUAGUUGUUGGCUGCAUGUUGUUGCCAUUGUUUCUCAUACGACAUCUUAAGUAUUUGGUGCCGUUCAAUAUAAUUGCAAAUAUAUGCAUGUAUUUGGGAUUCAUGGCCAUUUCGUACUAUCUCGUUAGGGGGCUACCAGAAAUAACUGAUCGAAGGAUGUUCGGCGAUCCGUUGCUACUGCCGCUCUUCUUCGGCAUUGUGCUCUUUGCCGUGACUGCAGUGGGCGUGAUGCUGUCCAUUGAAUCAAAUAUGGCAAAUCCGGGAGCCUAUCUGGGCUGUUGUGGCAUACUAAAUCGCGGCAUUAUCUUUGUGAUUGUAACAAACGUGGCCUUUGGAAUGAUUGGAUACUGGCGUUAUGGGGACAGUCUGGGUGCCAGUGUUACUUUAAACGUGCCUCAGGAUGAAUUUCUCUCACAGUUCUCAAAAUUUGCGAUUUCCUUGGCCGUAUUCCUUACCUAUCCACUGGCCGGAUAUGUGACCAUUGAUAUAAUUAUGAACCACUAUGUCCUGAAGGAUCGUGAAGUAAAGAACCCGCACAUGAUCGAGUACGCUGUACGCUUCUCUUUUGUUGUACUCAACACAUUGAAUGCCCUAGCUUUCCCCAAUUUGGGUCCACUAUUAGCGCUGGUUGGCGCAUUCACCAUUUCCAUAUUGAACCUAAUAUUUCCGGCCAUCAUUGAAAUAUGUCUGCUCUAUGCAAGUACCUAUGGUACGGGCAAGUGGAAGUUAUGGAAGGAUAUAGCUUUGAUCAUAAUUGGUGCGGCCAUACUGGUUACUGGUACGUACACUGCUAUUUUGGAUAUAAUCAGAGAAUAUGGCGGCGGUUCAUCCAAAAGAUUAGAAGACUAAUAAAAACCUACUAAAAAAUAAA